AUGUCCAACACUUCCGACUUCAUAAUCAAGAAGGAGGACCACACCCUCGGUAACCUCUUGUCCGAGCACUUGAAGAUGCACAAGAACGUCCUCAUGGCGGGCUACAAGAUCUCUCAUCCUAAUGUUCCUGAGAUGUUCAUUCGUGUCCAGACGGAUGGCUCGAUCACCGCCAAGGAGGCACUCGUCCAGGUGAUCAAAAAGCUGAUGCAGGACCUGUCCCACCUCAGCCGCGAAUUCACCCGUGAAUUUGAACUGCGUCGCAUGGUCGAGGCGGGCCGUUCCAACCAGCAGGGCCAGUGA